AGAGAGAGAGAGAGAGAACAGGGAGGUGGAGAACUCUUUCUCUCAGCUGGUCUGCCUGCCUGUCCCGCCUUGAACUCUCGCAUUACCAUGACUACAACAUCCGAGAAUUCCAAGAAAGAAAGCACAGCAGCAGAGUGAAAGCGGAAGGCAAGAAUCUGUUUCCUUUUUUUUCCUAAGUGGAAAAGAGUGAGAGAGGAGGGUUAGAGCGGAGGGAGGGAAGAGACAGAAAAUAAAGUAGAGUAAGAAAAAGAGCUUGUCAAAAGCGUACACAGAAACGAGGAGCAAGGUGACACGGGAGGAGCCGAGGAGGGAGAAGACAGGAGAGGAGGAGGACGAAGAGGAGUGGAGGAGGAAGAAGAGGAGAGGAGUGAGUGAAGGACUGAGAGAAAGCUGGCCAUGGGGCUGUGCGCUGUGCUGCUCAUCUGUCUGUCCCAGGCAGAGCUUGCCAGAGUCUGGAGUCAAGAGCUAUCAGAUUCACUGCAUGGACAAUCAGAUGUGCAGAGAGUCAGGAGAGAUCAGCAGGAGUCAAGCCAGAGUCCACAGGACAGAACAGUCCAGGAUGCAAACGGAGGAGGCCUCGCCAUCAACGUCACCAAAGUGGUGGAGGACACUCAAAAAUAUUACUCAUGGCGUAGCUUUGGCCCCAGUGACAGACGAACUCAGGAGCUCUGGGUGGACCUGAAUUCAGUCCAGGAGGGUCAAGUCAGGGUGCACGGCAUCCUGUCCAACACACACCGACAGGCAGCGCGGGUGGCCCUUUCCUUCGAUUUCCCCUUCUAUGGACAUCAAGUGAGGCAAAUCACCAUAGCAACUGGAGGGUUCAUUUUCACUGGAGAGAUUACGCAUCGCAUGCUGACGGCCACCCAGUACAUUGCGCCUCUCAUGGCCAACUUUGACCCCAGUUUUUCCAGGAACUCCACUGUGUGCUACCUGGACAAUGGUGAGCUGUUUGUCGUGCAGUGGGAUAAGGUGAGGCUUCAGGGCAGGGAGGCAGAGGGAGCCUUCACCUUCCAGGCCGCUCUUCACCGCAAUGGGACCAUUGUUUUUGGCUACAGAGACGUACCUUUACCGGUGGUAAAGAUCAAUUCUACUGAGCAUCCAGUGAAAGUUGGUCUUUCUGAUGCCUUCAUGGCCUUUAUUCCUUCCCCACAAUCCCCAGAUUCGAAAAGGAGGACGAUCUACGAAUAUCAUCGGGUUGAAGUCAACACCACUGAGAUUGUAAACCGCUCUGCAUUUGUGUUCAGCCCGUUACCUACCUGCCUCCAACACACCAACUGCGACCAGUGUCUCCACUCCAACCUCACCACGGGCUGCAGCUGGUGCAACAUCCUGCAGAGGUGUUCAGAUGGGAUAGACCGGCAUAGACAGGAAUGGCUUGAAUUUAGCUGCUCAGAGGAGGCAAAGGAGGACACAUGUGAAGAUUACAGUCAAGGAGGUGCAGACAGCUCGAUGAGUCCAUUCAGCUCUCCUGUUCCUGCCGCUACACAGUCCCCUGCAGCUAGGCCAGGCAGCCCUGUCACUGAGGACGACACCAAACUUCUCUUUCACCACCAUGAUAAUGAUUUGCAGAAGGGUACUUCUGGUGAGGAGGAGCCUCCAGAACAUACUGCAAUUAUUGCGGGUGUAGUGGCAGCCCUGGUCUUACUGGUCUUCUUGACCCUGCUGGCUGUGUACUAUAUAAACACACACCCAACUGUCGCCCCUCCAUUCUACCUCAUGCAGCGCCGAACCAAUAACUAUUGGCCGUCCAUGAAGUUUCGCAAUCAGGGUUGCCAUUCCAGCUAUGCUGAGGUUGAACUUGGGUUUCAUGAAAAGGAUGGCUUUAUUGAGGCUGAGCAGUGCUGAGGAGGCGGGACUUCCUACACAAAGGAGCCAAUUCAUUUCUGUUUUUUAGUAAAAGUUCAAACAAACAAACAAACAAACAAAAAAGACAAUGAGGUACUGUUACCCACCACAUGAAUGGACACCAGAGACUGUGGAUAGUUACCUUGCAAGCUUACUCUGCCUCCAUAUAUUUGACAGUCUUUCCUGCAACACCUCUUGUGCUAUUUGUUUAUUCCUUUUAUUAAGGAACAGGCAAUGUUAAUGGCAAAUGUGCUAGCUACGCUCUUAGUAAAGGCGUUCAGAGUGGCACAUGCAUUAACCAUGAAGAGUCCUGCAGUUAGUGUACAGUACAAUACAACUUUGUAGAAUUUCAUUUUUAAAAAAACAGAUGUUUUGUGUUUUAUAAUAUGUUCAAUGAGAAAAAAAAAAUAAUACUCAGUUAGCCACAUGGACUGGACUGCACUUUAAAUGAAUUAUCUCAGUAGUAAUAGUGAUAUGAUGUGAUCUAAUUUUUUUGACCUUUUUUAAAAAAUAUAUAUUUUGUGCCCUAGGAUCAAGUUUCAGGUAUCAGUAUUGCAAGCAUCAAUAGACAAAUUAAAAAACAAAAACAAAAAACAACAACUAUAAAAACUAUGCUUGGUUUUUAAAGAUGCAGUUUGAAUCUUUUAGAGCUUUCUACUGCCUGUGAGGUGAGUUGCAAUGAUACACUGACAAGCAUAAAAGAUAAAUAAAAAGCCCCUCAUGAACAAACACUAUAAUAAAUUACGACUGAGACAUGACUCAGACUCCAGCUGAGAGAUUUGUGACUCAGACUUGCAGAUCAGUGACUUGAGACUUGUCAUGGACUUUAGCUAAGACUUGUGACUUAGCUUUGACAUUAGCUUGGAGACUUGAAACUUGACUAAGUCUUACAGCUCAGAGACUUGAGAGUUGGCUUGGACUUGCAGCUCAGAGAUUUACUGUAUGAUUUGACUCGCACUUGUAGCUCAAAGACUUGUGAAUUGAUUUGGACUUGCAACUCAGAAAGUUGUGAAUUGGCUUGGACUUGCAGUUCAGAAACUUGUAAAUUGGCUUGGACUUGCAGUUCGGAAACUUGUAAAUUGGCUUGGACUUGCAGCUCAGACACUUGUGACUUGACUCGCACUUGCACCUUAGAGACAUGUAAAUUGACUCGGACUUGCACCUCAAAGACUUGUGAUUUGAUACAGACUUGUAGCUCGGAGACUUGAGAUUUAACUUGUACUUGCAAAAAGUGACGUGUGAUGUGACAUUUGCAAAAAGUGACUUGCAAGCAUCUCUGUUACAGGUCUAGAAACUUUUAAAGAUCAUAAGCAUAGACCAUUAAAGGAAAAUGAAGAUCUUAUUACCCAAGAAUGAUGAGUAUCUUUCUUAAAAAUAUAAAUGGAAUCCUGUUCCAAUUUGGGAAAUGGUCUGAAAUUAACAUAUUACUGUUCUGACAUUCAUAUGCAAGCACUAAUGUCAGAUGUUUGAUACAAAGUUCUGAUUUUGACAAAGAAAAUGGGCAAAACCGGUACAUUGUUGUUGAGGGUUAAAAUUACAUUAAAAUGUCAUUUUGAAUAUAAAGUGUGCUUUUAGUGAAACAAUAAAGUGAAAAUACUGUUUUGAAAACCA